GAGCAGAGGAGGUUGUCUUCUUGUGUGUUUAUUACACGUUUGUCUUUUUAAUGUGUAUAUAAGUAGUAGUUGCCAUCCUUUUUUCCCAUCAGAUGUGUGGGUACUGUGUCUGUGUGUAGCCAUUCGCCAAUAUGGGUGGAUUUGUGUGGGUACUGUGUCUCACUCAACUGCAACCUCAUUGGGCCACCAGGGCAACGACCAUGGGCAGAUCUAUGUGUAUUGAAUGGUUGUAUCUGUAUUUCAUGCUCUGAUUAGAUCCCCUCUACAGCACAAUGUCAAAUGGUUAGUGGGACUGGAGGAGCAUAUGACCAUAUUAUAAUCCUAACGGUUUCUUGGAUACACUAAUAGGCAUAUACAGUGUAUGCCUGUUAUACUGGUCUGUGUGUAAAACUACCAUGUUUCACCACAGAAUGUCAGUAGGUCUAUUUUACAGGAAGGAGAUGUUGGAAUUUGGAGUAUUUGGAAAGGAAUAUGAAUGCAUAAGUGUUGAUGACAAAUGAACAGGUCCGUGAGGGUCUCUGUCUGAGACUGACCUUAACUGUGUGUGUGUCACGUCAUGCACAUUCCAUGUAGCCACAAGCUUGUGCACUUAAAGGACCAGAGGAGGAGUGCAGUACAAAUGCAAGAGAUUGACACAUUUAAUAUAGACCGAUGAAAUUCAGUAUGUUCAGCUUGAACCAACAGUGUUACCGCAAUAUGACAAUAAUAUAUCAUCAUUGCAUGACUUGGCUUUACAGAAUGUGUGCUGUCAAUUUGACAGUGAAUCUAUCUUGAGCUGUCAGUUUUGGGGUGUUUACUGAGAGAGUCACAGCCAGACGUGAUUGAUUGAAGUUAUGCGCUACAGUAGCAAUCCUGUCUGUCUGUGAAGUGAAUGGUCUUCCUUUGUGUCUCUGUCAGAGCAGCUCUGGUACAGACCUGAGGUGUUGAUUGAGAUCUUCCUCAGAUCUCCAGUCUUUAUCUUUAUAGACUGCAACGUGAUACUGGUCAAUAAGGCAGGCAGAGGCAUUUUUUCUUGAGCCUAAUACAUUUACUUCCUCAAUAACAGGACACGUCUCUUGGCAGAAGCUUUUCUUCUCUGCUUUCAUUCCUCUUAAAUGUAUCAAGCUGUUGCACAUUUUGUUUCAGGAAAUGAAUUCAUAAUUCUUUAUAGGGAGGACAUUGUUAAAUGCGCAGCACUUAACAGUUGCGUGAGUGAAAUGUGAAUAAAUGACUGAAUAAAUAUGAUCAGUUAUCUUACAUGGCUACAUUUGCUAGGCCUCUCUGUGUCUUUGAUAAUAUUGUGACUGGCUCUAUUUUUAUUGUUUGGCAGUGUGCCCUAAUAAAUACUAAACCCAGGAACAUGAGGAUUACAUUUCAGGUGGAAAUGCCUCUGCUUCAGGGGAAGGGAGGAGUAAGGGGGAGUGUGAGGUAAAGUGUCAAGUGCUGGAUGGAUGGUUUAGUUCCUCAGGAAGAUAAAAACUGUUUUGAGAAUGAGAAAGAGAGGAGUUAGAAUAUAACGGGGCGGCAGGUCUGGUAGUGGUUAGAGCUUUGGACUAGUAACCAGAAGGUUGCAAGAUCGAAUCCCUGAGCUGACAAGGUCAAAAUCUGUCGUUCUGUCCCUGAACAAGGCAGUUAACCCACUGUUCCUAGGACGUCAUUGAAAAUAAGAAUUUGUUUUUAACUGACUUGCCUAGUUAAAUAAAGGUAAAAUAAUAAUAAAUAACCAGUUGUAAGUCUCUCUGAGGUCACACCAGGCCACAGAAUAUAGAGCAGGCUCAGUCCAGUUACAGUCUUCUGGGAUAACAGACCAGACCUCACCCUGGGCCCAUGACUGGUGUUUACCUGAGACAAUUCCAUGGCAGCCCUCCAAACCUGGCCCAGUGAAAUUCAACCCCUGCCUGGCCCUAGUGAAUACCAGGUAGUGUCAAGCCGCACCCAUGUAGCACACCAGCUUCCCCUGCUGAAGGAACUGUCGCUUCUCCUGUCUCUCUGUUUAAUGGAGGGCUGUGAGGGUGAGGGGUUAAUGAGGGGGUUGCAUUGAUGUAGUUCUUUGUGAUUGCAGUCUGUCAAUGCACACCUGACCUCUAAUUACAUUGUAUUAAUAACUCAGACAGAUAUUUCAAAAUGGCUGCCAGCUACAUGUUUCAGGAGAGGGAUUCUGCAGCACACAGGCAGCACCAGUGGCAUGUAUUCAUGGAUGUCAAGGGAAGCCAGGCUUCCCCAAAAAAUGGACCAAGAAAAACAUCUAAAAGAAUGUAUCUUUUUUUAUUUCAUCAUUUUCCUUCAAUACUGAAGAGGCUGAAUGUAUCUCACAGGAAGAAGCAUCAAAGCAAGCGUAACAGCGCCCCCCUGUCUCUGUAUGUAUAGUGAAAUGCCUCUUUUGCAAACUCAAAAUCCAACGAUGCAAUGAUCAAUAACAAUGUAUUACUUGAGAAAAAAACACACGAAAAAUAAGAAUAUGAAAAAUGAAAUACACAAUAAAGUAAGUAAGCAUACUAUAUACAGGAAAUAUUUUUUUUUAAGUCAGUUCCAAUACCAUAUUUACAAUGUGCAGGGAUACUGGAGAGAUGAAGGUAGAGAUGUAUAGGGGUAAGGGGACUAGGUAACAGGAUGUAAGAUAAACAGAGUAACAACAGCUAGUAUGUGAGUGGGUGUGGGUGUGUGUAGAUCAUAAAUGUAUGUGCAUAUUAUGUGUAAGUGAGCAGAUGAUGGAGUGAGGGUUUGUGUGUGUGUGUUGGACUGACAGUGUGUGUGAAUGUGUAGGGCCCUGUGAGUGUACUCAGAGAGUGUUCUUAGUGCAAAUAUUGAAAUUAAAGGUCAAUAAAGAUACAAGGUAAACUCAGUCUGUGUAGCUAUUUUGUUAGCUAUUUAUCAGUCGUAUUGGGGAUAGAAGCUGUUCAAGAGAUUGUUGGUGUCAGACUUGAUGCACCGGUACCUCUUGCCAUGCGGCAACAGAGAAAAUAGACUAUGGCUUGGGUGGUUGGAGUCUUUGACGAUUUUCCGGGCCUUCUUUUCACACCGCCUGAUAUAGAGGUCCUGGAUGGCAGGGAGCUCGGUCCCAUGCGAUCGAAGGCAGUGCUAUUGCCAUACCAAGCAGUGAUGCAGCCAGUCAAUUUGCUCUCAAUGGUACAGCUGUAAAACCUUUUCAGGAUUUGAGGGCCCAUGCCAAACUUUUUCAACCUCCUGAGGCUGUCGCGCCUUCUUCACGACUGUGUGUGUGUGUAUUUGGACCAUUUUAAGUAUUUAGUGAUUUGGUCACCGAAGAACUUGAUGCUGUCUACCUGCUCCACUGCCGCCACUUCGAUGUGGAUGGGGGCGUGCUCUCCCCUCCGUUUCCUGUAGUCCACGAUCAGCUCCUUGGUCUUGAUGAUGUUGAGGGAGAGGUUGUUACUCCAGCACCACACAGCCAGGUCACUGACCUACUCCCUGUAGGCUGACUCAUUGUCACCUGUGAUCAGGCCUACCACUAUCGUGUCGUCAGCGAACUUGAUAAUGGUGUUGGAGUCGUGCGUGGUCACACAGUCGUGUACAAGAGGGGACUAAGCAUACGCCCCUGUGUUAAGGGUCAGCAUGGCGGAGGUGAUGUUGCCUACCCUCACUACCUAGGGGCGGCCCGUCAGGAAGUCCAGGAUCCAGUUGCAGAGGGAGGUGUUCAGACCCAGAGUCCUAAGCAAGGUGACGAACUUGGAGGGGACAAUGGUUUUGAGCUGUAGUCAAUGAACAGCAUUCUCACGUAAAUAUUCGUCUUAUCUAGGUGGGUGAGGGCGGUCUGGUCCAAAAGAGUAUGACAUUGUUGCCGCCCGUAGCAUUGAAUGCAAGAGAAGCCAGCAAGUUAGCCUCCCCUUGAUAAAAAAACAGUAUAAAAUAAUAGCCAAUCAGCAUUGAGCUAAAUUGAGUGUGCUCAACUAUGAAUGGUCCUGGUGCACCCAACAAAAAGUGUCAAGGGAAGCCUGUUGGGAUUUGGCUUCACUCCUAUCAAAUCGCAUCGAGAGCAUACGUCAUUGACAGAAACAACUUGAAUUGUUGCAUCUCGUUGUGGUUGUGUUGUUGUCCUCCGGUGGCUACCUAGCUAGUUAAAAUUGGCCCUUUCCUAAAUUAGCCAUGGAUGGAGAUAGGGAUUUGGACUUGUGGUUUUACUUCAUUCUCCGUACUCUGUUGACUAGCUAACGUUGCCCAUGAAUGGAAGUUAGGCUAGCGAGCAAGCAUUUUAGCCAGGUAGCCUAAGACAACAAAAAAUAAAAGCGUGUACUGUAUGACAGCGUGAUAGAGCAUUUUGUCAACAUGAAAGAGAGGAGGAUGGUAUUGGCGUUUCUCCACAAGUAGGGGGAGUCAACAUGUUUUUUCUACUUGCACGAAUGCACACGCACACAAAUCAGAAACAUGGCCAGCCACAUCAUAUUUAGCUUACGUUGAUUGGACAAAUUUAUUUUGGUAUCUUUUAGUUGUCACUGUAUUAGACUAAGCAUAGGUGAUUUGAUGAUGUUGAAAUGUUGAAGUUGAAAUUGUGCUGGAAAAGUGGAGGCAGCCCCUGUUGUCUUUGCGACUUGCGGUAACUCUCCGUGGUUCUAAAUCAAUAGUUGUUUAGUAGUCCCAAAAUGUUGGAAACAUUAACUUGCUUGACCAUGCUGUAGGUCAUGCACAGUAACUGUUUGUUACAUGCAAUAUGUUUUGUGAACUUUACCGGACAGAAGCUGCUCUCCGGUUUUGAGAUGAAACAAAAGGUGUGGUUGAAUUUAUUCUGCCUUUGUGUCUUCUUAUUGUCUCGGACUUUAGGCCUACAGUAUAUAUCAUGGUCGCAAGGCAUAUGAACUAACAGGUUAUAGAGCAAACAACACAAUUAUCACAACACAUAGGUUCCCUAGUGAUUUUACCCAUGCAUCGCUGCUGGUUAGCACACAGAUGCAUUUUAUUUUCUCACUUCCAGAUUGUUACUGUGCUUUACUGUAGCCUAUGUGGAGAGAUAGGGUUAUGUAUCUUGAUAUAAGGCUUUAGGAUUUACUGAGAUCAUUUGUUUACAUUAACUUAACUCCAGAUAUCUCUUAAGUACACUUAAUAUUCCUUUUCAGUUGUUAUAAGAAAAAGGCACAUUUCAUGAAGAGUAUCCACCAUGUCUAACCUUACCUAAUCCAAUACAGCAUAUGAUCGUGGUGUCGAGUAGCAUCACUGAUUUAGCCUGGCAAACAAUCCAUUAUUACUAUAGAAAGAUAAAGAUAAACCUCCAAAACUGUAGACACAUUUGCUCCAUAGCAGGCUGCAGGUCCAUAAGUGUUGGCCUUAGAGCCGGAGGAUGUGGGCAGCUAAUCCAUAAGCAGCUGUAGAGGUUCUCUCUCCAUCCUAGCUUCUUUUAAACCAUCUGAGGAUUAAACAUUUGUUUGUUUACUGGCAACUCAUUAUUCAAAUGGGACAGAUUGCGUGCGGCUAACUGCUGUGCCAUGAUGACAGAGCCAUGUGUUAAUGAAUACGAUUGACCUGUAGACACAUUGUCAGUCUCUCUGUGUCUGAUAUACAGUCUGGUUGGCUUCAGUUGGAGAUACUGAUAUACAGUCUGGUUGGCUUCAGUUAGGGACACUGAUAUACAGUCUGGUUGGCUUCAGUUGGGGACACUGAUAUACAGUCUGGUUGGCUUCAGUUGGGGACACUGAUAUACAGUCUGGUUGGCUUCAGUUGGGGACACUGAUAUACAGUCUGGUUGGCUUCAGUUGGGGACACCUAUAUAUAGUCUGGUUGGCUUCAGUCGGGGACACUGAUAUACAGUCUGGUUGGUUUCAGUCGGGGACACUGAUAUACAGUCUGGUUGGCUUUAGUUGGGGACACUGAUAUACAGUCUGGUUGGCUUCAGUUUGGGACACUGAUAUACAGUCUGGUUGGCUUUAGUUGGGGACACUGAUAUACAGUCUGGUUGGCUUCAGUUGGGGACACUGAUAUACAGUCUGGUUGGCUUCAGUUGGGGACACUGAUAUACAGUCUGGUUGGCUUCAGUUGGGGACACUGAUAUACAGUCUGGUUGGCUUUAGUUUGGGACACUGAUAUACAGUCUGGUUGGCUUUAGUUGGGGACACUGAUAUACAGUCUGGUUGGCUUCAGUUGGGGACACUGAUAUACAGUCUGGUUGGCUUCAGUUGGGGACACUGAUAUACUGUCUGGUUGGCUUCAGUUGGGGACACUGAUAUACAGUCUGGUUGGCUUCACGUGCGGUAUCUCUCUUCAGUUGCUGUGCCCCUCUCUUUUGUGUGUGUGUGUGUGUGUGUGAGAGUGUGUGUUCUGUGUCCGCAGUACGGCAGAAGUCCCCUGCACCUGGCUUCCUACAAGGGCCACAUCGAGGUUCUGCGCAUUCUGCUGAAGGCCGGCUGCGAUCUUGACAUCCAGGACGAUUGUGGUUUCUCCUGCGUGCGGACACCUUUUCUAUUUCUCUAAGACUGUCACAGUAGUAUUGUAAUGACCUCCAGUGACCUAGAGUGGGAUUAUUUGGACUGCCAUCUUGAGGGAUACAGCAGCCCUCCACGGGGCUCACCCUCUGGGUGGAGGUCGUCCCCCCUAGCCCUCCCCAGUCCCACAGAUAACGGCCCAAACCUCUGGCGCUCCCAAAUUCUCUCCAUCUGGUCAAUGAGCUCCCGAUCCCGAAUGGGCCGCAGCGUGUCCCCAGCCACCAAUGGGGUGAGUGGCCCCGAGAAGGAGGAGGGGAGAGAGAGACGGCAGUGGAGGAAAGCUGCUGGGCCUGGGCCUGGGAGAUCAGGGAGAGUGAAGAAGGAGGGUGAGCAGACAGCCUUACAUCGGGCAGCCGUGGUGGGAAACAGUGACGUUAUCUCUGCCCUCAUCCAGGAAGGGUGUGCUCUGGACAGACAGGACAAGGACGGUAACACUGCUCUGCAUGAGGUCUCGUGGCAUGGCUUUAGCCAGUCUGUCAAACUGCUGGUUAAGGCCGGAGCCAACGUUCACGCAAAAAACAAGGCAGGGAACACAGCCCUCCACCUUGCUUGUCAGAAUGGCCACGCUCAGAGCUCCAAGGUCCUACUGCUGGGUGGGUCCAGGCCUGACAGCAAUAACCAUGUAGGUGACACGUGUCUGCAUGUAGCGGCCCGCUACAACCAUGUGUCCAUGCUCCGCAUCCUCCUGGGAGCCUUCUGCUCCGUGGCAGAGAAGAACCAGGCUGGGGACACACCACUGCAUGUUGCAGCUGCGCUGAAUCAUAAGAAGACAGUGCGGCUUCUGCUGGAGGCAGGAACAGACAGCAGCAUCCGCAACAACGCAGGCCAGACUGCACUGGACCAGGCCAGAGAACACAACAACCCAGACGUAGCCCUUCUCCUGACCAAAGCGCCUCAGGUCCAGAGGUUUACCCGAGGCAGGAGUGUGAGGAAGAGGAGGGACAAGCUGAAGGCUGAUCGCCGAGCACAGUCUGUUCCCAGGGAUGACAUGCUGCCCAGGAAGGACAGCGCAUCUGCUGCUGACGACACCCCUAGCAGCGACCGCGUCGCCCGCAAACAUGAGGUGAUUGAGGCGAGCAAGAGCACAGACAGGGAGCUCAGAGAGAAGCCAUCGCUCUCAGAACCCCUCCGUCGUAGAGAGAACAAACAUGGAGAGACGAGGCGGGGCAAACUGCGAGGCUCCUCCCCCCAGCCCCCACUCCCCCCACACAACUACAAGGCCUAUCAGCUGUACACUCUGUACCGAGGCAAGGAUGGCAAGGUCAUGCAGGCCCCUAUCAACGGCUGUCGCUGUGAGCCUCUGAUCAACAAGCUGGAGAACCAGCUGGAGGCCACCAAGGAGGAGAUGAAGACGGAGAUCCACACGGUGCAGGACCUGAUGAACAACAAGAUGGGACAGCUGGACCGCAAGAACAAACAUCAGAUCCGUGCUCUGGAUAAGAUGACAGUAGAGAGGGUGUCAGCGGAGAGGACAGAGUGCCAACACAGGAUCAACCAGAGAGCCAUGCAGGAAAGACAGGAGGGGGAAAAGAGACAGCAGGCAUCAGUGGUGAACGAGCUGAAGAACUGGUGCAUGGCCAAGCUCCAGAACAUUGAGGUGCGCUUCGCAGGAGACCCCAGCAACACCAAGCUGCGCCGGUCCUCGUCCAUGUCUGAGGGCCUGUGUGAGGUGGACCCUGGGAGCCUCACCGUGCUGCCUGCUGGAGGGCCUGGGGACAGCGCCCAGUGUCUGGCCCCCCACAUCACUGACGUCACCGAGGGAGACCACAACACCGUCGCCACAGAGGACCCCUCAGCCAACCAAUGCUUUGCUGUUCCGGUGGACAGCUCUCCAGACAGUGAUAAACAUCCCAAGCAAGCGGAGAUCUCCUCCCCAACUAUUGCCAAGUUCCUGUCACAGUCUCCCCAAGUAGUGCGACCCAAGGAGCGCCUCCUGGGUGCUACUGAACACCGGAGGCCGUAUCAGGAACUGCAGGACGUGGCGCUUCUGGAGUUGGGAUCGAGCAGCAGAGGCAACAACAACCGGGCCAGCAGUCUGUCCCCAGCGACAGAGCGCCACUGCAGCAGCAGACAGGACAAGGACCGUGACAGGGAAAGGGAUAGAGACCGGGAGCGGGGCAGGGACAAGGGAAAGCACCACAAGAGGCACUCCCAGGGCAGGACUAAGGCCAAGGGGGCCACGGUGGGGCAGGCCGAGGGGACUCAGACUCUGGAGGUGUUUGAGGAAAGAGCCGUGGAGAGAGGCGGAGGGGAGAGCUCAUUUGCCCAGGAAAGGGAGAACAUGCACGCCCUGGAGGUGACACAGUACUUCUUUGAGGCGGUGUCGACCCAGAUGGAACACUGGUAUGAGAGGAAGAUCCAGGAGGCCAGAUGGCAGGCAGACCAGAGGGCCCAGGCAGACAGGGCUGCCCUACUGGAGAGGAUCGCCUACCUGGAGGAUGAGCUAUGCAUGCUCAGGACUAACAGGCACGACGACAGCUAACACAGACAUAUCACUGCAGAGUUUAAAGCAGACAUACCACUGCAGAGUUUAAAGCAGUGGAGGCUGCUGAGGGGAGGAUGGACGGCUCAUAAUAAUAGCUAGAAUAGUGCGAAUGGAAUGGUAUACUUAUUCCACUCCAUUACCACAAGCCCAUCCUCCCCAAUUAAGGUGCCACCAACCUGUGGUUUAGAGUUACACCUUCAGAACGGCAAAAAACAUCAGGUCAGAUGGCAACCUGGAUCUAGUGGACCCACUAGUAGAUGUUGACCAUAAACUGGCCAUACAUUUGUCAUUGACCAUGCACCUUCUCUACAGAAUUUCAUACUUAUAUCUAAUAAUGUCAUGCAACAGUAGAAAAUAAUCAAUUUGUAAUGGUAACUUAUUAAGGAGAAAUGUUAUGGCAUGCCAGACAAUUCAGUAUAAUGUUGUCUUGUUAAUCAUGUGUUUUGUUGUAUACACCUGGGCAGCUCCUGUGUGUUGUGCUUUGUAAAAACCCCCAGUAAAUGUACGGCUCGUUACAAUGGAUCUGUCACAGUGCCAUUAUUGAACUGGAACACCCACACAUAUUGGCACAUUGAUAGCUUGUCCUCAACAUGCCAGUACUCCAGUGCUUUUUAUCCUGCGAUGCGAAAGCCUGUUAUGAGAAUGAUUCUGGGGGUUUGUGGAAAAUGUGGGUCAUUUUUAGUGACAUUGUAAAAAACUAAAUUCAAUAAGAGAGUAAAACGAGAGCAGACAGCUUCAGGAAUAGUUUUGAGUUAGCCAGGAUGCUUAACAUAUCAGUAGAAUAAACUACUGCAAGCUUUCAUAUGUGACUUACGAGGGCAACAGAACUCACGAGAAUACAGCCAAACUGAAAAUGUCUUAACUGAAGAGAAGUUGUGCUUUCAUAACUUUAGAUCUCAUCCACUUCUGCUCCAGCCCACUAUUUAUUUGAUGGUAAAAACUCCAUAACACCCUAAUGUUUAUCCUCAGCACUAAAAUGAGUUACUGUUAGGAGGACCACGUUGGCAUGAUGAAACGUCAAAUAGACUACUGUAAAUGUAUUACUGUGCUCAUAGGUGACACUUGUUCUGUUCAUGGGAGGUCGUUGUACAUUGAUGUCUCUGCUGAUAUGAACAUACAUUCUGUCUAAUGAAGUCAGAUGAUGUCAAGUGUAUUUUGUAAAAAACUAAAGAGAAACUACAAAAAUGGCACGUCUGUUUUGUAUUCAAGAGGUAGACGCAAAGAGCUACACGAGAGCCGACCAACAUAAGCCCUGGAAUACUAGUUAUAACCAAUAAAUAAAUCCUUACA